UUUUUAUUUGAUCUUGAUUUUUAGAAUUUACGAGACAAGCGUUAAAAUUCGGUACGGUUAAACUUGCUAAAAUGGGCUCAGCGGCUCUCGGGGGUUUACCAUUUGUUGGAGAUUUUCUUGCUGAAGGGGCCGACACCAUAGCGGAGAUUGGAGUCAAAUUAGCAGAGAAGGCAUGCAGAGAUGCGAAAAGAGCCGGUUCUGUGUGGUACUUUGAUGGAUCAGAUUUCGAGAAAAUGGGUUCUACAAUUAAAGAAACAAUGGAUAAAUUAAUUGGUUAA